CGCUGAGACAUGGGUCAGUAAUUCGGACAGGCCCGUUGCCUUUGAGGGCAUAGAGCGCUCAGAUGCUCUUGUUUAUCACAACGGCCCUGUAAUCACAAAGGAUCGCAUUCACGCGUUCUGUCGCUCCGUUGGAAACCGCUCAAAGAACUACACGUGCGAGGCCGCGUAUGGAGUGAACAGUGCACCCAUGGAUUUCAUCAUUUUAUCGGCGCUGCCCAGUGUCCUGCAGGUGUUAUCAUCGCCGGUGUUUGGAGACGGGCAGCUCAGCAUUGUGCAUCUCUACAACCAGCUUCAGCUGGCCGAUGGAUUCAGCGCACUGGCUAUCGGCGACUCGGUUCGCAGUGUAUUGGAAAUCGACGAGCUGAUAAACACGCCAGCCGGCAAGCAGAUCACGCUUACGAGCACGAGCUACGUGGAUGAUCAGGUUAUCGCCACGUCAAAGUGUGCGUUCUUGAGUCGGGGUUAUACCACUGACUAUGCCCUGACGUUCCAGCGCGUCCGAGAGCGGUAUAUCACAAUUCAGAUGAGCUCCGCCAAGGAUAUUGCUGUGCUGGAGGCCAAGGAGUGGUUCGUCUAUUGCGAUGAUCCCGCGAGUCGGCCUGAUCCUAUGUCGCAGCUUGAGUUUUACAUAGAGUCGCUGUAUCGCUUCCAAGGCACAUCCGUUUAUUCAAGCAUAGCCACAACGGGCCGCGUGUUGCUCAAGAGGGCCUGUGGCCCAUCGGUGCACAUUGCUAAUGUUGAUUUUGAGUGGAAGGGUGUCGCAGCUACCGCCGACCCGGUCGUCGAAUAUCUCAAGCGGUACGAAACUCGGUCAGCCGCCGUGCUUUUUGAUGACGGCGGCUACCAGAUCAUUCCUUAUAGCAGUAGCAGCGACGAUCAGAUGAAGGCUACUGUUCCCAAUUCCAACGAAGAGUACGCUCGGCUUUCGUGGGACUCAAAUCCCAUUCAUACCAACGCGUACAUUGCGGAUGUGGCCGGGCUGCCCGGGACCAUUACACACGGCCUGUGGACCAGCGCAUCAACCAGGGCAAUCAUCGAGAGUUGCGCGGCCGACGAUCAGCCUGAGCGCAUUCGCGCGUACCACACCGACUUUGUUGGCAUGGUCUUGCCUGACGACCAGCUGAGAACCGAGUUGCGUCAUACUGGGAUGGUCGGCGGACGGAUGCUAAUCAAGGGUCAGACUUUCAAUGCCACUGGAAACGCCAUACUCGAGUGCACCGCCGAGGUUGCGCAGCCAAAGACAGCAUACGUGUUUACGGGCCAAGGCUCCCAGGAAGUGGGAAUGGGCAUGUUGCUGUACGAGCAGUCGGCAGCCGCAAGAGGUGUCUGGGACCGCGCCGAUGCGCAUAUGGCCGCCACGUACGGCGUUUCAUUGCUUGAAAUUGUGCGCAAAAACCCCGAGCAAAUAACCGUGCACUUUGGCGGCAAGACAGGCGAGAGCAUCCGCCGCAACUAUAUGUUGCUUGAGCGCAUCGACCAUUCGCAAUCAUCCAAGGGCGUCUGGGUGCCUAUUUUCCCAGAAAUCACCAGCGACUCGACCAGCUACACAUUCCAGAUGCACACGGGCUUGUUGAAUGCGACGCAGUUUACGCAGGUUGCAAUUAUUGUCUUGGGCGUGGCAGUGAUUGCAGACAUUCAGUCUCGCGGGCUCAUGUCGCACGAUUCGGCGUUUGGUGGCCACUCUCUCGGCGAGUACAGCGCGCUGGCAGCCAUGUGCGGCAUGUUUACUAUGGAAGAAAUUGUGGAUGUUGUAUUUUACCGCGGCAUGAUGAUGCAGUCUGCGGUCGAGCGGGACGAGGAGGGCCGCUCGCAGUACGGGAUGGUUGCUGUGAAUCCCUCGCGCGUCAAAAAGUCGUUUAACGAGGCAUUGCUAGUGCACGCUGUAUCUGUCAUUUCGGUUCGCGGCCAGGGUCUGCUUGAAGUUGUCAACUACAAUGUCGACAGCCAUCAGUACGUUGUCGCGGGAACUUUAGCCCAGCUGGCCGUACUUCGUCUGGUGCUGGAUAGUGUUGCCGCUCAGGAACUGUCUUUUGAUCUUAAUUAUAGCGACGGCGAGGCCAAGUCAUUCAUCAAUUUGAUUGUCAGCAGUGUGCUAGCCCAAGCAAUCGAUUCCAAGCCGCGGCAAGGGCGAGCAAGCAUUCCGCUUGCUGGCAUUGAUGUGCCAUUCCACUCAAGCCUCCUGCUGCCGGGCGUUCCCAGCUUUAGAGCGCUACUGACCAAAAUUAUUCAUGCCAGAAACGUAGACUAUGCGCUGCUCCACAAGCGCUACAUCCCCAAUCUUACUGCAGUGCCGUUUGAAGUGUCCAAGCAAUACUUUGAAUUGGUGCUCAAGCUGACCGAGUCCCCGGUUGUUAGCAGCAUUCUCGAUAGCUGGUGCGACUCAUCGGUGCUUAACAACGACGACAACGAGAUGCGCCAUUUGGCAACAAAGUUGGUCAUUGAGUUGUUGGCAUACCAGUUUGCAUCGCCCGUGCAAUGGAUUAAGACACAAGACCAGCUGUUUGGCAAUGUUGGCGUCCGCCGUCUAGUUGAGGUCGGCGUCAGCCCUAUUCUUUGCGGCAUGUCAGCCAAGACCCUUGAUAGUAUGAAUGCAAGUGCAGGCGCACGCGCUGUGCAAGUUGCACUGCUGCAUAUCGAGCGUGAUCGGGACAGCAUCUACUAUUUGGGCCGUGCGGACGCUGGUGAUUCUAAUUUGGACAAAAUAGCAAAAUUGCCCGGAGCGUUGCCUGUGCCACCAGCAGCGCCCGCGCCAGUGCCAGCGACAGCUGAAGAGGCGCAGCCGGCUUCAACCGAAGCUAGAGCCGACAACACAGCUGCCGUUGCCGAAGUGCCGCUCAACGCGCUCGAGGUUGUGCACGCAAUAGUUGCUCACAAGAUCAAACGUAAGCUGGAAGACGUCUCGGUAAAAAGGUCUAUCAAGGAACUGGUUGGCGGCAAAUCCACGCUUCAAAACGAAAUAAUCGGCGACCUGCACAAUGAGUUUAAUGGCAAAGUGCCUGACAAGGUUGAGGACAUCCCACUUUCAGAUGUUGCCGCGGCAAUUGGAGUGCUGAGCGGCGCACAGCUGGGCCCGUACUCUACAUCUAUGGUUACUAGGCUGUUCAGCAGCAAGAUGCCUGGCGGGUUUUCUUUAUCCGCCGCACGCGCUCACUUGCAGACCUCGUAUGGGCUUGGCCCACAGCGGCAAAAUGCGUUGCUGCUAACCGCGCUGACAAUGGAGCCCUCAGAGCGACUGGCUGACGAGAAGGGCAGUGUUGCAUGGCUUGGCAGUGUUGCAAGCACGUAUGCCGCGUCAGCCGGAAUUUCUUAUGCUGCGGCAACAGCAGCAUCUGCUGCUGGUGGCUCUAGCAAGCAGUUGUUGGGGCCAGCCAUAAGCAGCGCGGCCAUGGAGAGCAUACAGCAGAAGCAGCGGGAUCAUAUUGUGCAGCAGAUCGAGGUGCUUGCACGGUAUGCCGGCCUAGACCUUCGUCAAGACGCGCGGCUGGCCAAUAAGCAGCUGGGCCAAAUUGCUGAGAGUCAGUCAAAGCUCGCCCAAAUACGCUCCGAGUUUGGCGACGAGCUGGUUGAGGGAGUGCAGCCAUGCUUUGACGUGCGCAAGGUCCGCCGCUUUGACUCAUUUUGGAACUGGGCGCGCCAGCAGGCAUUUGAAGCAAUUCAGCGCGCAAUUGUUGCCGCCAGAGACUCAGUUGCCAAUGCUAUUGCGGCUGCCGACAAUGUUGCCGCUGCCAGCAACGCAGAAAAUAAAAAUGCCGAGCUGGCUCACCGGUUGCGCAACUGUGCCCAUCCUGAGCUCGUGCAGAUGCUGUCUGGAAUGGCUGCCAUUUUGGAGUCAAGCGGCGAUGCUGUGCUCAGUCCGGCCUUGAAGCUGGCAAGAAAGCUGCACGCCUUGUGCGCCGAAGCACUUGCGCGCCCCCCUGUCUACGUUGAAAUGUCGCAGCCCAUGCAACCACAGACAAUUGUGUCGCCCAGCGGAACUGUAAGCUAUGCAGAAAUUCCGCGCGCAAACGAGCCGACGUUUGCCGAAUUUGUUGCACACAUGCGUAAGCAGCCGUUGCCAAUAGACGAGAAGCUGUCUGCAGAUACGGUGUUGCCGUUCAUUCACAUCCGACAAAAGUCUGCCGGCACAAGCGGGAGUAGCGGCAACAACGAGCAGUGGUUGUACAGUGACAGUCUGUCGGAUACCUAUUUUGGCAGUCUGUCGGAUAUGUGCUCGGGCGGCCUGUCAUUUGCAGGCAAGAUCGCACUGGUAACUGGAUGCGGCAACGGGUCAAUUGGCGCAGACAUUGUCAGAGGGCUUUUGAGCGGUGGCGCUCGCGUCGUGGCAACAACCUCGCACUUUAACCGCAAAUCCGCCCAGUUUUUUGAAGACUUGUAUCGCACAAGUGGCACUCGCGGGUCAGAGCUCAUCCUUGUGCCAUUCAACCAAGGAUCCAUCAAUGACAUUGGGGGACUUGUCGACUAUAUCUACAACGAUACGGCUGGCUCCAAGGGUCUCGGCUGGGAUCUAGACUACGUCUUUCCCUUUGCUGCAGUCAGCGAUGUUGGCAGCUUUGCCACCAGCCUUGGGUCACACUCGGAGUUUGCGCAGCGAGUAAUGCUGACCAAUGUUCUGCGCCUGAUGGGCGGCAUCAAGGCAGCCAAGGAGCAGCGCAAGUACAUCUCGCGGCCGUCGCUCGUCGUACUGCCAUUGUCACCAAACCAGGGAAUUUUUGGCGGCGAUGGCCUGUAUGGCGAGUGCAAGGCCGGUUUAGAGACUGCCUUUAACCGCUGGAAGUCCGAGUCUUGGAAGGGAUACUUGUCGAUCGCCGGCGCCGUCAUCGGAUGGACGCGCGGCACAGGGCUGAUGUCAGCCAACAACCUGGUUACUCCGGAAAUCGAAAAGCAUGGUGUACGCACGUUCUCGACGCGCGAAAUGGCGUUCAGCAUCUUGGGCCUGCUGCAUCCGUAUAUCUGCCGCGCUGUGCACCGGAGCCCCAUUUGGGCGGAUAUCAGUGGCGGGAUCAACAACCUGCAGGACGUCGCCCAGCUGUUAGCUAGUGCGCAGCGUGAUAUUGACAGCCGCACGCGCACUUGCCGUGCAAUCUCGCUUGAGGCCGCACUAGACAGCGCGGCGCUGAGCCACAAGAACUCCAGCGCGCCGGCCAAUGUUGCUGAUUUGUCCGCUCUCGCUGAUCACAAACACCAGUUCCCGGCCCCCAAGAGUUACAACGAGCUGCACCAUCUGGUCGCGCUCCAGGGUAUGGUUAACUUGGACAAGGUGGUAGUGAUCACUGGCUACGGCGAGGUUGGGCCGUAUGGCAAUGCAGAGACACGCUGGGAGAUGGAGGCGUUUGGCCAGUUUUCGGUAGAAGGAUGCAUCGAGCUGGCAUGGAUAAUGGGCUUGAUCAAGCACAGCAACAGUGUGCUGCCGGCAACUGACCAGAUAUACGUGGGCUGGGUUGAUGCCAAGACGGGUGAGCCGGUGCGUGAUAUUGACAUUAAGCCGCGUUACGAAGAGUAUAUUCUGGCGCACACGGGUACUCGGCUGAUUGAGCCCGAGCUGUGCGACGGGUACGACACAAGCAAAAAGCACGUUUUGCGCGAAAUCCAGAUUGACAGCGACAUGGCACCCUUUGAGGCCAGCACGGAAGCAGCCGCCGCGUAUAAGCAAAGCAACGGCGACAGGGUUGAUAUUUGGGAAAAUCCGGGCGGCGGCGGCUCGUGGUCGGUGCGUUUCCUCAAGGGUGCGCUCAUACGCGUACCAGCGGCUGUGCGCGCCAACCGCCUGGUUGCGGGCCAGCUGCCCACUGGCUGGAGUGCCGCGCACUACGGCAUUCCAGAGAACAUUAUCAAGCAGGUAGACACAAUCACACUGUACACGCUGGUGGCAACUGUCGAGGCGCUGGUCAGGUCGGGCAUAACCGACCCUUACGAGCUCUAUCAACACUUCCACGUGUCUGAGGUAGGCAGUACAACCGGAUCUGGCAUUGGUGGCAUGAAGUCUGUGGUCGAUACAUUUAGGAACAGGUACCUCGAUAUGGAGCUUAACAACGACACAAUUCAGGAGUCGUUUAUUUCAACACUUCAAGCGUGGGUCAACAUGCUGCUGAUAUCGGGCUCAGGGCCAGUCAAGCCGGUGGUAGGAGCGUGCGCAACGGCUGUCUUGUCCAUCGAUUCGGCGGUGGAGACAAUCCAGAUGGGCAAGGCGCGGUUCAUGAUUGCCGGCGGUGCUGAGGCCUUAUCAGAGGUGUCGUCGACGGAGUUUUCCAACAUGGGAGCUACCGGAAAUUCGUUGGAAGAAAUUAUCAGUGGUCGCGAGCCAGCUGAGAUGUGUAGACCUUGCACGUCGACGCGCAAUGGGUUCAUGGAGAGCCAGGGCGCGGGCAUUGUCACGCUCAUGUCGGCGUCGGCAGCUAUCGAGAUUGGUGCGCCAAUCUAUGGCAUUGUCGCUAUGUCGAGCACCGCGACAGACAAGCAAGGCCGUUCUGUGCCUGCUCCUGGCCAGGGUGUGCUGACAUCGGCGCGUGAAAUUAAAAGUAAUGAUAUUGCACCACAGCGCCUGAGCCUAGACUACCGCCGUCGCCAGAUAAAGCGCCAGAUUGCCGUACUAAAUGCCUGGAAGGAGGAAGAGUUGGCCCAGAUACCAGAGUACACUGCAAAGCUGCACAGUGGUUCUGAAAAGCUUGCCGCCCAGUACAUGCAGCAGCUGGAGAUUGAUUACGCGAGGCAAGUGCGUGGUGUCCAGGAUGUCUGGGGCGUUGAUUUUUGGAAGCAAGACACCGAGAUCUCGCCACUGCGCGGUAGCCUUGCUGUCUGGGGACUAACAGCCAACGACAUUGGAAUGGCGUCAUUUCACGGCACGUCGACAGUGGCCAAUGACAAGAACGAGUCUGAUGUAUUCAAUGCCAAGCUCCAGCAUAUUGGUCGCGCUCCGGGACACGUUGUGCCAGUUGUGUGCCAGAAAUGGCUGACAGGGCAUCCAAAGGGACCGGCGGCAUCGUUCAUGCUUAAUGGCGUUAUUCAGAGCAUGCGCACUGGCUUGGUUCCUGGCAACCGCAACGCAGACAACAUUUCCAGCGAGCUGAGGGCAUUUGACUACGCACUGUACUUGUCAAAGACUGUGCAGACGUCGGGAAUCAAGGCGGCGCUGCUAACGUCAUUUGGAUUUGGCCAAGUGGGCGGUGAGCUGCUUAUUGUGCAUCCGGACUAUUUGCUGGCCACAAUUUCACGUGAACAGCUUGACGAGUACAACGCAAAGCUGAAGCGGCGCGAGGCAAAGUCGUACCGUUACUGGCAGGACAUGCUGGUGGGCAGACAUCUGUUUGUGCAGGUGAAAGGUCAGCCACCGUACACUGCAGAGCAGGAAAGGCGGGUGUAUCUUGAUCCGCUGGCGCGCGCGCACUACGACGCACCGACCGGGCAGUUUAAAUUUUAAUAUGGGGGAUUGAAGUUUGUAGUACUCGACGGUUGACAUAAUUUCAAUAUGAUUAAU